GUUUGUCUAUGCACGCAUAUAAAGGAACUAGCUGCUUGAUAGCUUGGCUUGAUUGUGAUUGAUUAGAGAAAGGAAUAAAAAUAUUAUGGCUUCUUGGCGUAGGUGGCUAAUGUUGUUGACAGUGGUUUCUUCACUAAAAGUGCUGCUAGCCAUUCCGGUGAACUCCAUGUCCAUAAACGGCGGAGGGUUUAAGGCGACUCUGCGGCGCGUUGACUUCAACAGAAACUUCACCACACUAGAGCGUCUGCAACGCGCCAUGAAUCGCGGGCUUUCAGCUCAGAGACUGGCGGCGGUCAACCACAACGUGCGGUCAACGGUUAUCCCCGUCCCCGGCGAGUUCUUGAUUGAGCUCGGCUUCGGCAGUCCUCCGGUGUGGUUGGAUUAUAUUAUGGACACCGGCAGUGACAUGAUAUGGACGCACUGUUUGGAAAAUAAUUCUGGGAGUACAGAUGAUUACAACCCCCAAACAUCGUCUUCUUUCUCCGAGCUCCCCUGCUCCGACCACAUCUGCAAUACAACGGCGCUGCCGUCGCUGUCGUGUGACAACAAUAGUUCAGUAUGUGCUUUCAACAUCACAUAUGGGAGUGGAAGGACAAACGAAGGCAAAAUAGGCAGAGACAGUAUUACAUUUGGGAACAACUUUACUGCGCCUAAUGUCAUUUUCGGUUGCGGCCAUGUUCACGACAGAACGGGGCAGCCGCAGCCCCCACCCGCCGGAUCUUCGGGCAUAGUCGGGCUAGGCCGCGGGAAGAUGUCGCUGAUUUCGCAAGCCAAAAUACCGAUCUUUUGGUAUUGCUUGCCCGGUAUGGCAAGCCUUACCCAGAGCACGGGACCUCUAGGCGGCGGCGGGAACAACAAACCUAUGAUCGCCGCCGGCUACUUACAAGAAGUGAAAACUACCCCAUUGUUACCGAAUGAUACACAUUACAGUAUUCGUCUUAAGGGGAUAAGCGUCGGCGACAAGCGGUUGCAUCUCCCGGAGGCAGAGUUCCAGUCGAACCCGGAUGGGAGCAGCGGGAUUGUCGUCGACUCCGGCACUCCCUUGACGUACUUGCAACCGAAAGUAUUUGCGGCGCUCAAGGAGGAGCUUAUCAGUCAGGUGGGGGUGAAGGAGUUCGGUGCCGGUGCGGCCAUCACGGGGCUGGAUUUGUGUUUCACGAUGCCAUUGCAGUCCGAUGAUAAAAUUUUCCCGAAGCUGACCUUCCACUUCGACGGCGGCCUGGAUUUGGAGCUUCCCAAAGAGAACUACUUUGUAGACUUGGAGACCCUCAACAUGUCGUGCUUGGCGAUGUUAAACACGAGCAACACGGGCGGGAUGACCAUAUUUGGAAACAUUCAACAGCAGAAUAUGAAUGUGACUUAUGAUCUUACCCAGAAUACUCUCUCCUUUAAGCCCGAACAAUGCGAUCAGGCCUCAUAAAGCAAUCAUUGAGUUUAAUCAUUCCGAUGUUUGAAACAAACAAAGAAAACGAGAAUCGUAAUGAUGAUGUAUUUAUCAUUAAAUAAACAUACUCCGUAUUUGGCUGUUUUCCUCUUCUCAUCAUAUUAAAUUACUUUUCCUUUUCUUUCUAAUUUAUGAACUUG